AUGGGAUUUAAUAGCUCGUUACUUGGAUUUUUUAUAUUCUUGUACGCUGUGAUAUUUGCUUUGGGGAUUGUUCUAAACAUUUCGAUCUUAACUGUUGUGUUGUCGUCAAGGCUGAAUCGAAGUAAGAUUUCGAACCUCUACUUAAUCCAGUUUCUAAUCAUUGAUGUGAUCUCGUGUAUCAUCAAUUCAUCGUACCAUCUGACCACUUUACUUGUACAUUUGCCCCCACCGGAUUCCCGCACAAGAGCUGCAUACGCGAAUGCGUGUAGGGUUACUAUAUUCCUCGUUUACGCGCUCAGUGUUGCCAAGAUCCUGUCACUCACGUUGUUGUCGUUUGAGCGAUUUAUCGCAGUCCACUAUCCUCUUCAUUAUUCCAAAUAUGCAAACAGAAAACUGUUGCUCUUUUUGACAGUUUACAUUGUGUUGCAGGCAGUUUGCACACUGUUACCAUCAACUUUAAAGCCAGGUUGGAUCGUUUAUUUUGGGGAGGUGGGCGGCGCUUGUGGAAUAAACUGGGGGGCAACCGUGGCCUAUUAUGCCAUACCAGUCAUACUAUUAGAUUUUGUUAUACCGGCGGUAGUUCUGGUUGUUACCAACGUAAGUGUAUUUGUUAUUGCCAGAAGACAACGAAUAAGGGACUCAGAAUUACGUGGUCGAUCGCAGCCAGAUACACCCCGCAAGACGGAGUUGGCAAAAACUUUGAUAAAGACUGUUUGCUUAAUGGAAACCGGUAACGGCCAGCAAUUCCAAAGCAAAACUGGAAGUGAAAGACCUCGAUCCGUGCUCAGUAAUGAAAGGGUCUUUACAAUCAUUGAUGACGUCACUCCCAACCAUAACAAGCUGUUUGAUAUUCAAGAAGUUUCUAAUGAUUUUGCCCAUGCUGCGGACAACUAUGGAAGUGAGACCGCUAAUAAUUCGAACUUUUCGAGUCGCUCCUCCAUUUUAUGUAACCACGUCAAUGCAAAUGCAUCAGAGCAUUGCCAACAGGAAAGUUGUAUGUCCCAAUCACGAAACAACAACCAGAAAGGGUUUUGUCGGCACCGAGAAAAACAAGAGGUUCCUCAGAAUGAUAAUAAAAUGGUAGAAAAUCCUAUUUCUUUGCAGGAUUUAGCUGCAUUGCCUGACAAAUUGCAGGGGUAUCAAGUUGGGAAGAUUGAUAAAGAGGAGCAGUUUAAUGAAUUAAAUCAAAGCCCUAAUUUGUAUCAAAUGUCUUCCAAUGAGAUAAGAUUGGAGACCAAUUCAGAGCCUGAUGAAGAGUAUUCCGAUACAUUACAGAACGGCAAUGUUGAUGACGUUAUAGGCAAUAGUAAAUUGGAAGCACUGGCAGAAGGGAAAAGUAUAAAUGAUCUUCAUGAUCGUGGUUUAGGCGUAGAUAGUGAAUUAUGUGCAGUGUGUGGAAACCAAGAAAUUGAUGAGGAAUCAGAGAAUGUUAAAGGGUGUCAGCCGAGAUCGUUUCGUAAUGCAUCAUGUUUAGGGGCAUUUUCUCACGAUCAAGCACCCAAUGGGGUGGUAGCUAGUACUUUGAAGAAUACUGGGACGUCUCCUUCUGGAGAAAUAGGUUCUGCAGAUAUCAUAGGUGUUGAUAGUGCCAGAUACACGUGUCGGUGCUCGACUCUCGGCUUCAGUGAUGGUUUUGGUUUUGCCGACAACGACGAAUUCAGUCAUCUUACUCGCCAGAAAAGGUUAAGAUUACUGUCACUGCCUAAUUUGGCCGCCAGUGCUUUAGAAACAGAAGAAGCAAAAUGGAAUAUCGUACAUUCGACCUUGCUGGUUGUCCUUUGCCAUUUCAUUACGUAUUUGCCUUUUAUUGUUUCCCGUCUUGUAGAAACAUUCACUGUUCAACGAAUUUUGUCAAGCGAGGCAUCUGCUGCAACAGCAGCAGUAAACAACAUAGAUGUUGUCAUUAUACCGUUGAUAGUUCUAUGGACGCGUGCAAAUUUCCGUAAAGAGCUCAAAACAAAACUCAACACGUGCAUCUCGUUCUUGAAACCCAAUCGAGGCUAAUAUAAAAUGGGGAUGUUAUAAAACUCUUUUUUUCAUCAAAAGUAACUUUUGUGGAAUAUCGAUUGAUCUCAGAAGUAACGAAUUGAUUAUGAUAAUUUAUGCAGAUAAACGUAUAAUUACGCAAAUAACAGGUAGACAUGUUAACUAUACAAAGAAUUUGCCAGACGGUCAAAUGUAGAAUGAAACGGACUUUGUGAUGCUGUAAAUUGUUCGUCGGUAAUCCAAUAUCAAGAAAAUGAUGCCCUUGAAUGAUGCUACAAUUGCUUCUUGAAUUUCUCUAAAAAUCUUGUUUUUAAAUAGCCAAUACAUCAAUUUCUCUGAGCUGGUGCAGAAGUUAUACCAUUUGGUGUACGGGUAUUUUCAUGUACCUUAUCAUAACACUUGCAACUGCUGUUUGCCCCAUGCGUACUGUGUUAUGCAUUCACUCUCAUUUUCGCCAUUAUAAAUCAACAUAAUCCUGGAAUGAUCAUGAGACCGGAGAUUUUCGAACCCCUUUGAUAAGUCUAAAACAGUAUGCAGCAACAGUCAUAUCUAUUACAAAAGUCAGUAAUGUAGUGGUAAUCAUAAUACCCAAAUUGCAAUAGCAACAUAUAUAGAGUAAUUUCUGGAAGCCCACCCAAAGGUGUUUUAUAGUCUGCAAGCCUAUGGUGAUUUUAUUCAAAAGAUUUUGAUAACAUUUGAUAGCUGUCAUGAAACAUUAAUGUUCAAGUUCGAAGUUUGAUGUACAGUUUAUCGCCAAUAGAUCAGGAUUGACUAUAGAAGCAGGUUUUUGAAAUAUUGACAAAGUUGAUAAACCUCUGUAAUAAGGUUGCGAAACCUCUGUAAGAUGGCCUAAUUUGUUGGAUGCAUUCAGCUGCGAGAAAAUUGCAGAAUGUGAUUGUUUGUAAAUAGCAGAAAUAUUAGGUUAAUGAUUUUCCGAUAUUUUUAUGCCUUACAACACUGCCGAUUUUUAUGCCAAAACUGUCUCCACAAAAGCGUCGGUUAAUUUUACAAUAUAAAGUAUAUCAAGUUACCUGUCCAGGUUCUUUUGGCCGGAUCAAAUAGCCACACAUACUCUAAAUAGGAAUAUCUUCUUGAUAUAUUUUUACGAUUUUACAAUUUCUGUAGUCUUAAAUUAUGUUAGAACAUAAUGGAAGAAUCCCUCAGGGCAAUUGAUUGUUGGUGAAAUCAGAAGGGCGCUCUAGCAGUCGUUGACAAUAAAAGGCACAGUGUCCCGUCACAUUUUGAUAGCCAUUCAAAUUUCCAAUUGAUUGAACUUUUCAUAUUCCCCCAAUUUUCCAAAGGUGUCUGCAACCUCGAAAUCAUGAUUCCAAAGAAUAUAUCUAUCGUUGGCCGGAGGCUGUGUGAUAUUAUGAUACAGCUGAUCACACAAACUGGAAUAUAAUAUAAAUUUCGCUUUAUCCGAAGUUUAUAAUAUGAAGAGGGUCUGACGAACAAUGUUCUGAUAUGUUCAAGAAAGCUCUUUGUGAGAUCUCCACUUUUUUUCACUGUUCCUCUUAUCCACUUGCAACUUCUGCUACUCUGAGAUUGACCACGCAAGUAAAUGCAUUAUAUUUUGUCCUCAAUAUAAGUUAUCAAACAAUCUCCCGCUGAGGUUUUUUAAGGAUAUCGUCCAUUUUGGUAACUUUCUAGAUGUGCCAUUAAUAUGAUUUGA